AUGUACCAGAUUCACGACACUUUCAUCACACUACUCGAUACAAUGCUGAUUACUCUAGAAUGCGUUAUACUUGCGUUGCAGGCGGUUGCUGCAGUUCGACUUGCAUUAGAAUCACCUUUUGAAAGUGCCAGUCAAUCAAACAACAGGCUAUCAAAACGAUCACCCGUUGAAUUGGAUGGUGAUAUUAGGAAAUGUUACAGAAUGAAAUCCAAUGUUAAUGGAGUCAGUUUGAAUUUACAAGUCGAUUCAUCAGUUUCCAGUAUAAUUGCACCACUUCCUAGUUCAAGUGACGAUGUAGGUUUGGCUAUACAAAGUAUUUCAAGUGGGGAACCCUUUAUUAUAAGUUACAAAGGCAAACAGUAUAAAGGAGUUACAUCCACAGCCGCUGUGACGAUUCCGGGUACUGGGAUAACUGACAUCAAUUUACCAGUAAUAUCAGUUGAAAAACAAUCGCCAGAUUCAGUUGGUAUCAGUCCAAAUCUUGAUGGAGUAUUUGGCUUUGCCUAUUCCUCGUUGUCAAAACAUCACACAUCAGUCCCUGCGAUGGAUGUUUUGUACAACAAAGAUGUCAUUCCCAAUACCGAGAUUGGUCUUCAACUAUGUCAGUAUGACAUGUUGCAUGAAAGUUCUAUCAAUAUAGGAAAUACGGAUAUAACUGCAAAAUGCGGAACGGAUGGAAGGAGUGUUGCAUGGGUACAAUCACCAUCAUACGAUCAUCAUACUGUCAACAUCAAGAGUAUACUAGUCAAUGGCGAACAAGUGGAGCUGCCUGCUGGAUUCCAAAAAAAAGUAGAACAUGGACGUACUUUGUAUUCAUAUCUACAUACAUGUUGUACAUUUAUGCAUUUUCCUAGAGUAGUCGUGGAAGCGUUGGUCAAUGCUAUUGUUGCUAGUAAUGGGAUCACUGUCAAAAAUACCAAGUCCAAGAGCAAGCGCAAGCUUAACAAAGAAGAAAUCAAAAGAAUAUUUUGGGAACACCACGCAAUGCCCAGAUCCAAUUUUCAUAUCGAUUGGAGCAAACUACCGUCGUUUACAAUCGUAAUGUUUGCUCAAACCCCCGUAACUGAUGACAAUAGCAAUUCCGUCGUAAAGAUCACACUGGGUUCCAAAGACUAUAUGCAAAAAAUCGAUUCUGAAAAAUUCGUGUUUGCUGUAGGAGUUGGUUCAAAUGAUUAUGCAGUUCUUGGUAUUCCAUUUAUGACUCAUCUUGCAGUCACAUUUGAUUUACAGAAUAAACGCACUGGAUUUGGUCCUGGAUGUGGAUGCGAAGUCGCGACUGAUGGAUAUCCUACUAUCUCGAACGGUGAUCAAGUUCUCUGGUCACCAUCACAAUUGCCUGAACAACCAAGUACUUCAAGUUCAAGUGGCAGAUCUGGUCUCAGGAGAUCAUUGUUGCGAUUUGGUAGUACUCUCCGUGGUAUUGAUAUGAUGUACGUCAGGACUCUUGGUGUGAAUCAUCAACUACAACUGAUCAAGUAG